AUGCCUGAGCAAGCUGACCAGCCUAGUUACUUCUCACUUUGGAACUUCGUCAAACAGCGAAAUGCAGCACUGUCAAGCAUGUCUCAACUCACUAUGGAGUCCCCCUUGCGGAACGAUCUGCCUCUCUACCCUUCAUUACCUUUCAGCAUCAAGGUAUGCGAGUCGUUGUCGAAAGUCUCGUCUGCGUUCAACGACAUGGCAAUAGCAGGACAAUUGUCAAUUCAGAUGAUCGGAAUCAUCGCCACCUUGUCUACCAUGAUGAAGAAUGAAAGUGGUGGUAGCCUCGGCCUGGGCAGCCCAAGCACGAGCAGUCCUGCGAGCUCAGGGCCAAAUUCGCCCAGUGAGCGCAACCUCCUCCACAUCAUCGCCGACCUCCGAUGUUUAUCUAUGUUGGGAACCGUACCAAUCGAACACCUUCUAUGUCAUGGCCUCAUCGGCUUCUGUUUGAGGUUGCAUUUUCGGGAGGAGAAGCUAGGAGAUGACUUUGACGAAAUAAUACAAGGACUGGAAGACACGCUAGUGGGCCGCGGGAAACCAAGGCCUCAGCAAGACCUUGAAAAAUUCUACAAAGAGCACAAAGAUUGCCUCCUUUGGAUCGCUUUCGCUGCCGCAGAUGCCCUAGAAAUGUCGCCACCAUUCUCACGCAAAUCUAUGGUACUUGAACAGACGCUGGAUAGAUAUCCUACCGAAACUAGCAGAUGGGAAACACUCGAUAAAAUUCUUCGACGGUUUUUGUGGAAUGACUUCUUGGCACAACAUUGGAAGAGACGAUGGGAGGUCGCGACUCGAAGACGACUAAAGGCACGCUGA